AGGCUUCGAAGAGGCUUGUCAAAUCCCUAAUUCACCUCUUUACUGCUCUAAAACAGGAACCAGAAAAGCAGAAACCCAAAAUGGCUGACAACGAAGAACUCCAAGAGGAGCCAUGGGAAGAACGAACCCUCAAUCUCCUUCACGACUCCAAAAUUGACCAAGAGCUUUCUGCGUCGAAAUCCCGCAAAAGGGGACGAAAGAAACACAGUAUGAAAUGGAUGAAAACCCCAAUGGCCAUCCCUGAAGUCAUUGUGGAGCUUCAAGAUCAAGAACUCCGAGAGACCGCCCUUAGAUGUCUCAGUUCAUUCCUCGUAGAGAAAAGGGAAGAAGAUCCAGAGAACUACAACAGAACUGGGUACUUCUUGUACAACUCUUGUGGCACAAUGGCCAUAUUAUUACAGGAGGUGAUUAUGUUCUAUGGAAAGAUGACGGAUGGGAGUCUCAAUGUUAGAUCUGCCAAGCGGCUUGCUAAUGUUCUUACCCUAUUUCAGAGUAUUGCAGCUAAUCCUGAAACAAGGCAUAACUUUGUAAAUUCUUUUAUGCCCAACUACUUGAUUCCUUUAAUACUCUUUGAGACCCCAUUGGAGAUAUAUGAGAUUGUCCGAGCAAUGGCACUGUCUGUUGUUGGGAUCUUAUGCCAGGCUAGAGAAUCGAAGAUCAUUCAAUGGGCUAUCAACAAUGCUAUGGUGGAAAUAUGUCGGGUUUCAAUACAGAUUGGGAAUGAACUUUCCAAAGUGAUUGCAAUGCACAUUCUUGAAGCCAUACUACAAGAUUGGUCAGGCAUAUCUUAUGUUUGUAGUCCAACAAGUGAUAAUCUUGUUAAAGGAUUAAUGCAAACGUGGGGACGUCUGGUUGCUUAUUUGGCUGAGGAUCAAGAUUUCUCUCCAAGACUUCUUUUUCACAUUAUGAGAUGCUCUUUUCUUCUCUGUCAGCAUAGGAGGGGAUAUAAUAUUGUGAUGGACAAUCUUCCAGUUCAGAUCGUGGAUGGUUCAUUCCAGGACAUGUUGGAGGAAUUCCCUGUUAUUCGAUGUUUGCUUGACGAACUUUCACUGAUCGUUGGCAAAAUUGAGAAAUGCUUCCCAAUUUCUUCUCUACAUAACAUUCUAGACUGGAAGCCUAUUGAGCCUCUAUGUCAUUAAAGAGAUGUUGGCUCUCAUCAUCAUCCUACUUGAU